AUGGGCAAGCGCGCAGCCAAGGCUCCUGAUGGCGGGCAGAGGAAGGCCGCCAGAGGCGGCGGCAGGCGGGGGAGUGGUGCCGCGGGCGCGAGGGAGAGCGAUGGAGGCAUCGCGGCGCCCGCGGGGCGUCUCAGUGCGGCAGCGCUCCAGGCAGACGCGUUCGAGUGCGGCACGUGCGGCACCGACGACGUCGGCCAGCAGAUGAAGGACGCUGCUGUGCCGUCGUGUACCCAGUGCUUCGAGAGGUACUCGAAGGGCUUCACGCACUUCGGCUCCUUGGAGGUCGUCCAGCAAGGCGUGCAGGACGAGGACUCGCACAUCCACGACUGCUGGGAGGAGGCCUUGCGGACUGAGGCGGGCGAGCAAGGGCAGUUCUUCCCUACGGCCGUCGACGAAGGGUCGCAAUACAUUGUCUCGGUCGUGAAGCCGAUGAUCGGCUUGAACCGCGCGCAGCUGAUCUCAGACGUGCUCGAGGGUGAAGAGCCCGAGAAGUUGGGCAUCAAGCUGCAGGACCUGCCCGACCAGGAUGGGAACACCUACAAGGGCGUGAUGGUUCCGAACCCGAACCGCCCGUACCUGGAGUACGACGUGAUGCACCAGCACUUCGCAACGAUGACCACGCACAAGAUGCAGCCGAGCCAGCAGAUGUACUCUGCCCAGUCUUUUGGCACGUUCUCGUUCGUGAAGAAGGGUCUGGCGCAGGACAGCAAGCUGAAACUCAUCUGCGUGAAGGCGCGCACGGAGAACCACACUCUGGACUCCCUGGCCUCGAAGGCGGACGCCUACAAGAGGAGCAAGGCCGACGCCGAGAGGGCUCGUCUGGCCGCCGAGGAGGCGGAUGGCAGCCCAGGCGGUAGCCCAGGCGAGAGCCCUCUGCCUGCGGCGGGUCUUCCUGGAGCUGGUGCAUCUGCUUCGGCUGGUCCUUUGCUGAACCCGUCUGCGAUGGCGUGCUCGCGGACAGUAUUCACUGGCGAUGGGCGUGCGCCGAAGACCCCAGGAGCAAAGCCUCGCGCCACCAAGUCUGCCAUGUCAGAUACCAAGCAGUCAGAGGUGGAGGAGCUCGUCGAGCGUCGCAUUGCUGCCUUGGAUGUGGACAGGUGCUGGUCAGGAACUGCCAUGGGUCGCGAGCUUCGCUGGGCCAGGGAAUCGCAUGAUAACAUCAUGGACUCCACUCCCUCUCCUGCUGACUCGGAGUUGGCCGACAAGCUCAAGGCCCACCUGGACGUGUGCGAUGCCAUCUGCAAUCUCGUCGAGAAGCCAUUCGCGUCCGUGCCGAAAGCCAAACUCGACGGCUGGCUCAAGGAUGUUGAGAAUGGCGCCGAGGACAUGCCGAGCAAGUUUAAGCAGGAUGUGCUGAAGUUAAAGGUCCUACGGGCGGCACUUCGGGGUUGGGCUAUCGGCAGGGCGUGCUCUGCUGACGGCAGUUGCUCGGACAAGAUUUCCAAUUGCGACGGCUUCUUCACGGAGGCGCUCAACUACUUCAUCAAGUUGGGCAAAGAAGGUCAACCUAAGCUGGUCCAGUUCUGCAACGGCUGCCUUGACUGGCUCGACGAGAAGUGCCCUGAGGAUGAGCGCUAUGACGAGCUCGUCUCUACGAUGACGGUGACCUUGAAGGCAGCGCUUUGCAUCGCCGACGCCACGAAGCUGGACUACAAGGACGCGCUGAUGGCCAUGACGGCUUCCAGCAGAACGACAGGGGUCGGGACUGGGUGCUUGCGCCACUUGAACUUGUCGGUGAAGCGCUCGCAGCACUACACGGCGCUUAAGGACGAGUUCGACCAGUACUACUUGAAGACGAGGGAGAUGUUCCCCUCGAUGUCCGACGCAAUGCAGAAGCUAGACGAUUCGAACUCGUCCAUGGCUCAGUUGGUGGAGUCUGGCGUCAUUCGGAACUCGCUGGAGAUGCUGCCGGACAUCGUGAUGUACUGUCGGCCUGGGUCGUUCGAGCAUUUCCAGGCAAAGGUUGCGGCGAAGGUCGACGAGUACGUGCACACCCAGACGUUUGGCGACGUCAUCGGCGGCGCGGCUGGCGCUGCGCUGACUGCGAAGCUGGCCGAGGCGAAGACGCUGGUCACCAUGGCGAAGACCAGUGUUCCAGAGAAGCUCUCUACGUGGGCGAGUGCGCUGAGUGCGAUCGAAAAGAAGGAGUCAGAGAUCAACCAGUUCAACGCCAGCAAAGGCCUCGCCGACCUCGCGUCGACCUUGACGCCAGCGGCGCUGCUGAACGACGACGACCGCGACGCAGUGGUCCCCGUGUUGCAAUCUGUGCUGGCCGCGGGUGGCAAGGGCGUGGAGGCCCACAAAGCGAGCGCUACCGCCAUCUUCGACAUCACGUACGAGUGCGUUUCCCAGAACUGCCGUGAUCCGAUCCAGUCGCAUCCGUACAUGGCUAUCUUCAUGAAGCUCGGUGAAUCAGAUUGGCUUGAUGAUGUCAAGAAGGAGAAACUCUCGAAGACCAUGGACGCGUUGAAGGCCUGGGCCCCGCUGGUUGAUUACCACAGGGAGUGGAUGGCGCUGGGCGCGGAUAGCGCAUCGCGGCUGGCGCAGCCUGGUGCGGGCCGCGUCGUGCAGGGCGUUCGCUCUACUUGCAUUGCGAUCGAUGCUGGUGGCGUUGCUACCGAGAUUGUGGGACUUGGCGGAGAUCUCCAGGCGGCAGUUACCGAGAUGGGAUCAGCUGCCGCGGCGUGCAAAGAGAUGCAGACGGCGGAGCUCGCGGCGGCGGUGAAUGACCUCGAACCAUCUUCCACUGGUGGCGACAGCGUCGACAACCCAUGGGACAUCAAUGUGGCGCUUGGUGGUGACAUCCAAGUGGUCCUGCAGCGCGUGGAGGACACGAUCUUGCAGAUCGACGAUUCGUCUUUCCAGAGUUUGAUCGACAAGGUCACGCAGUCCCUGGAGGCCAACAAGGUCUGGGCCGAUACCUUCGGCUACGAGCAGGACGGCACCCUGACGACGAGAGCGGCUAAUGUGGUGAAAGCUGCACUGGCCGUGAAGUACACUGCGCUGCUGGUGCACAGCUGGAAAUCUUUCGGAUCGUCGGCGCCGAAGCUCCGCAGGGCCGUGAUGACGUACAAGAGGGAGAUCGUCGAGCACGGUUGCGAGUCCGUCAUGCGGGCCGACAUCAUUGACUGGACGAGCAAGCUUACCUCGCUGAAGGG